CCGCGAGCCUCUAAAGACACAUUCGCCGCCGCUCCACGAACCUUUCAGCACACUCUCUCUUGUCCAAGAUUAGGCGUUCUAGCGGAAACCAUGGCCUCUAUACCAGUGAUUGUAAAGCACCAGGGCAAGAAGCACGAGGUCGAAGUCGACACCACCUCCAACGGCGAGACAUUCAAGUACCAGCUCUUCUCCAUUACCGGCGUCGAGCCCGAGCGCCAAAAGAUCCUCGUCAAGGGUGGUCAGCUUAAAGAUGACGCCGACAUGUCGAAGCUAGGCCUCAAAGCCAACCAGACGAUCAUGAUGAUGGGCACGCCCUCUGGAGAUGGCAAUGUCAUCGAGAAGCCCAAGGAGAAGAUCAAGUUCUUGGAAGACAUGGAUGAGGCCGAAGCCGCGCAGUUGGAAGGUGCUACGCCUGCUGGCCUACAGAAUCUAGGCAACACCUGUUACAUGAACUCUACGCUGCAGACUUUAAGGUCUAUUCCCGAGCUACAGGAGGAGCUUCUGCGGUACUCUGCUAGCAACGACGCUGGAUCAUCUAGCUCCGCACGACAGCUUAGCCAGCUUGGGCUCGGUGGCCUCGGUGCAUCUACCGAUCUUACUGGAUCCCUUCGCGAUCUCUUCAAACAGAUGUCAGAGACUCAGCAAGGCUUUCCUCCUCUGAUGUUCCUGAACGCCCUUCGAACCGCAUUUCCCCAAUUCGCGCAGAAGUCGAAGGACGGACAUGGCUAUGCACAGCAAGAUGCGGAGGAGGCCUGGUCGCAGAUUGUCUCGCAGCUCCGACAGAAGCUGAAAACCAAGGACAGCGAGACACAGUCGGACGCGGAUAAGCAGAAGGAGCUUUCAUGGAUCGACAAGUAUAUGGCCGGCAAAUUCGAAUCGGUCAUGGAAUGUGACGAGCCCGCGGCGAAGGAAGGCGGCGAGGAGUCAGUGCACAGUGAGGAUCUCUUCUUCAAGCUCAACUGCCAUAUCAACGUAGAGACGAACCACUUGCGAGACGGACUCGCUGCGGGGUUAAAGGAACAGAUUGAGAAGCGAUCAGAGGUUCUAGGCCGCAAUGCACUGUAUACGAAAACUUCGCGCAUCGCCCGCCUGCCAAAGCACCUACCAGUACACUUCGUGCGCUUCGACUGGCGACGAGACACCAACAAGAAGGCGAAGAUCAUGCGCAAGGUCACAUUUCCUGAGGAAUUGGACGCACUAGAGUUUUGUACCGAUGAGCUUCGGAAGCAGCUUGUUCCCAUCCGCGACAAGAUUCGCGAUGUUCGAAAGGAAGAGCAGGAUGAUGAGCGAGCUCGUAAGAGGCAGAAGCGCAUGAAGGCUGGCGAGGAGAACGAUGUCGAAUCUAGUAGCAAGGAGCCCUUGCAGAAGAAGAAGGAUGCCGAAAAGAAGAAAGAGGAUGCAAAAAAGCCAGUUGAAGAUACAAAGAUGGAGGACGUUGAGUAUAAGACAGACGCUCAGCGUGACGCCGAACGUGCCGCAUCCAUUCUUGUUGCCAAGAAGGAGCUUCUUGCGUUGGUGGAUUCAAAGCUCGCCGCGGACGAAGGGGCCAACCAGACCGGGCUCUAUGAGUUAAGAGGUGUCAUUACGCAUCAGGGCGCCAGUGCUGAUAGUGGACAUUACACCUCCUUCGUCAAGAAGCAGGGCCCCAAGGACCCGGUCACUGGUAAGCGGAAAGAGGAGGACGGAAAGUGGUGGUGGUUCAACGAUGAGAAGGUCUCUGAGGUCGAUGCUGAGAGAAUUCAGACCUUGUCCGGUGGCGGACAAAGUCAUUCGGCCUUGAUCCUCCUGUACCGCGCAGUUCCGCUGCCCACCAUUGACGAGGAUGUUCAGAUGAGCGAAGCAUAAACUACUCGGAGAGGAUGACACACUUUCUGCACACAUCUAGAUUCCUCGCCACUCAGAGCAGUAGCAUUGGUGAUGCAUGGCAUUGGCGUUGCAUAAGAGGCUAUGGACAUGGUAGUAUGAUCAAAAGCGUAUAAUGAUAUGACGAAUUCAAGAGCCUGCAAUAGAAGAAACGGUCUGCAUCUCGUCCAAGCGUGCAUGUUUCCUUGUUCAUCAUCACAUCACCACGCGUCGUAGGAACGCGUCGAACUUCGCUGCCAAGCCUCAUGACUGCUCCUGUCCCUCAGCUACACUCGUACCUUUCCACCACCCCUUCGUCUCUCAUUUUCUCUGUACGCU